UUGAUUUGUUUUAGAGAGGACUUCACACUGCAGCUGUUAGCCAAGUUUAAGACCAAGUUACACGAGAUUAAGGAGAAACGGACUGAUGGUGACGUAACAGAUGAUGAUGACGUCACCGAUGAUAAGUGGCUCGGUCACAAGUUACAUUUUGAGGACAAAGGCGCGGUGCUGGCGAAGGACGCGUCUAGUAAAGGAGACGACUGGUUUGAUAUAUACGACCCGAGGAAUCCGAUCAACAAGAGGAAGAGGGAGAAGGACAGGAAGAAGAAUAAAUAG